AGCAAUGCGAUGCGACGCGACACGAUCAACCUGUAAUCCCACCAGCCGACGCCUACCGAACUCCAACACAAGACAUUGUUUUUCUCGGUAAAAUGCAGCCUCAAUAUCGCGCUUAUGCGCAGCAGGUUCCGCAACGCUCGCCUCAUGCGACAAACCAGCGACGUGGUGGAAUUGGACCCAUGAUGUCCUCAGGGCCUCACCCUUCGGUUCCCCUCACCCAGGCACAGAUUGCUCAGCAGCAACAGGUUCAAGCUCACGCCAGUGAGCUAGCUAAGCGACGUAGUCGAAAGCCUACAGAUAAAAACAUUCCCGAUGGAGUUGAGGACAGCAUUGUUGAUCCAGACGGUGUUCAACGGUACAAAGAACUGCGAGAUGUCGAGCGUCGACUUGAUGCUACUAUCACACGAAAACGCCUAGACAUUGUCGACUAUACCAGCCGUGGAUCUAAGAGAUACAAAACCUUGCGAGUUUGGAUCACCAACACGGUCGAGGAUCAAAUCUGGCAGAGCAAUGGGCUGAACUCUGAUUCGUUUGACUUUACCCCUAGCAUGGAGGCUUCGUACCGAGUCAAGAUUGAAGGUCGUCUACUUGACGACGAAGACGAGGAGACCGAGCAGCCCAAAGGACAGGAGUCAAUCACAGAAGAAGGAAAGGAGACGAACGAUUCAGCACAGAAGCCCAAAGCACAAGAGAAACCCCGAUUCUCGCACUUCUUUAAGUCUUUGACAGUCGAGUUCGACCGAUCUCGCUUCCGAACCGGCGCCGAACAGACAGUGGAAUGGAAGAAGCCAGAUGCUCCGGCCCGAAAUCAACCCGCUGCCAGCCUUCCAGCAGCAGCAGAUUUCGAUGAACUCACCUUCAAGAGAAAUGGAGACGAAAACCAAAACAUCACCAUCAACCUGUUCCGUCAGGAGACACCCGAGAGAUACCAACUGACCCCCGAGCUUGCCGAAGUGGUCGAUAUGAAAGAUGCUACCCAUCAAGAGGCCGUCAUGGCUCUCUGGGAGUACAUCAAGUUACUUGGACUACAGGAAGAUGAGGAGAAGCGCAAUUUCCGGUGCAAUGAGCCUCUCAAGAAGGUUGUAAGGCAGGGCGACAUUGGACACAUCCCUUUGCUCAACGAGUAUGUUCAGCAACACCUGCGACCUCUGGAGCCAAUUCGCUUGCCAUACACCAUCCGAGUUGACCAGGAGUUUCACAAGGAUCCCCAGCCUACGAUCUACGACAUUCAGGUUCCCGUCGACGAUCCCCUGCGUGAUACUCUUUUGCCUAUGCUCAACAACCCUCAGUACAUUGCAAUGCUCAAGGACGUGACGGGGCUUGACGACCAGCUCGCCAAGGUGGUUCAAGCGAUCGCCGUGUCGAAGGCCAAGCAUUCCUUCUUCCAGUCUCUUGGCAAGGAUCCUACCAACUUUAUCAAGAACUGGCUAAGUUCUCAGAAGAGAGACCUCGAGGUCAUUAUGGGAGAAGCGCCCAGAGGAGGUGGAGAGCAUGCAUCGGGUGACGAGUGGCGCCGUGGUGGAAAAGAUAGCGUCUGGGCUACUCAAAAUGCGCGAGAGAGUGUCAACGUGUUGCUCUCAAAGCAGCAACGAUGAGCAUCCACCUGAAAACUGCCAACAAGCCAGGACGGCACUUGUUGACAAACCAAUUGGAGUUAUAGAGUUUGUGUCAUGUUUAAUUGGCCACAAUCAGGGAGCAAGGGGGGCGUUGGGAGCGUCUUUUUUGUAUAAUAAUAUCAUGAACCAAGAUCGGCGAAACGACAUGCUUACCCUGGUUGCGAUCAAUGCUACCGCCAGGGGCAUUCAACACAAGUACUGUAAGAAUAAAAAAGGACAAAACUGCAUAUCAUGCUAUGCCACUGUGAUGAAUAGCAACUGUGCCUCUUGGCCUCAUGAAUCGCUGUCGGUUGUAAGAAAAGCAUUGAAAACGCCGCACGAGUGCAAAAUGCUAUAGUGAGAACAUAUUUGUCCAGAGUAAGUAGGCAAUGCAGCAUGGAUACGUUUACCGCUGAGGAGCAACGGGAACUGAGGGCAUGCCGCGGAUUUGCUUGAUUAAAAAUUCUCUCUCAUCGAUGAACUGCUCAUCAUCUGUCCGAUCCUCGAGGAAGUGAGAGAGGAAAGUGAGAAGCUUAUCGCGAUUCAUGAGGAGAAUCUUCUGGACGGCAAUUGACUUGUGCGGGUUUGCGACAAAGACCUUGAAUACGUGGAAGCCCUCGUACUGAACCAUUUUCCUAUCAUCGCGUAGCAGGUUCAUGCAUAUCUUGAGAUGCUCCCCGCGAUCAACAUAGGCAGUCAUGACGUUAUAGUUGGAGCGAUCAAGCAAGAUCUCACCGAGAAGCUUUAUGGACUGACGUUUGGUCACAUAACUGUUGGAUUGCACCAAGAUGUUGUUGUACUUGUCGAAGAAGAGUUCAAAGUUUGCGUUCAAGUAUCUUGGUACAAGGUCCUUGUGGCGUGUCAGGAGUUC